AUGAGCGGCGCCUGCACGAGCUACGUGAGCGCAGAGCAGGAGGUGGUGCGCGGCUUCAGCUGCCCGCGGCCGGGAGGCGAGGCGGCCGCUGUCUUCUGCUGCGGCUUCCGCGACCACAAGUACUGCUGCGACGACCCGCACAGCUUCUUCCCCUACGAGCACAGCUACAUGUGGUGGCUCAGCAUUGGCGCUCUCAUAGGCCUGUCCAUAGCAGCAGUGGUCCUUCUCGCCUUCAUUGUUACCGCCUGUGUGCUCUGCUACCUGUUCAUCAGCUCUAAGCCCCACACAAAGUUGGACCCGGGCUUGAGCUUACAGACAGCAGAUGAGGAAACUGAGACCCAAAGUCACCAAAUGAGUGACAGAGCCAACUCUCCCCUUCACCCUCCUUCCUCUCCUUAUCCCUGUUGCUGUGAAAGGGGCAUCCCUACAGUGUGCCAGACACUGUUUGAAAUUUCACACGCACCAUCUCCUCUAAUCUUUCCAGCUAUCCCAAUGAGGCCCUGAGGAGGUUUCUCCUGACUGCCAAGGUGUGAACACAGGCAUGGCAGCAGAAGUGCCAAGAGUGAGCCCUCUCCAGCAGAGUUACCCCUGCUUGAACCCACAGCUGGAGAGCAAUGAGGGGCAGGCUGUGAACUCCAAACGCCUCUUCCAUCAUUGCUUCAUGGCCACAGUGACCACCAGUGACAUUCCAGGCAGCCCUGAGGAAGCCUCUGUACCCAACCCUGACCCAUGUGGACCAGUCCCAUAAACAUUCAAUAAAUGUCUCCACACCA